AUGCCCGAGCGUCUAGGCCUCGGCCCACCCCUGAGCCUCCUGGCCCACCCACCUUUCUGCCAUGCCUUCGGGGACAGCCAGGGCCUCGCCGAUGCUGAGGUCAGCCGAGUCUCCAACUCUUUCUGCUUUUGUCAGGAGCAGAUCCAGAACCAGCUGGACCACCUGAGAAGAGUGAAGGACGUAAAGAAGCGGCGGCGGGCCCAGGGAGAGCAGGCCCGGGCCGAGCUCUUGAGCCUGACCCAGAUGGAGCGGGAGAAGAUCGUCUGGGAGUUCGAGCAGCUCUAUCACUCCUUGAAGGAGCACGAGUACCGCCUGCUGGCCCGCCUGGAGGAGCUGGACCUGGCCAUCUACAACAGCAUCAACGGUGCCAUCACCCAGUUCUCCUGCAACAUCUCCCACCUGAGCAGCCUGAUCGCCCAGCUGGAGGAGAAGCAGCAGCAGCCCACCAGGGAGCUCCUGCAGGACAUCGGGGACACGCUGACCAGAGCUGAAAGAAUCCGAAUCCCUGAACCUUGGAUCACACCUCCAGAUCUGCAAGAGAAAAUCCACAUUUUUGCACAAAAAUGUCUGUUCUUGACGGAGAGUCUGAAGCAGUUCACAGAAAAAAUGCAGUCGGAUAUGGAGAAAAUCCAAGAACUGAGGGAGGCUCAGUUAUACUCAGUGGACGUGACUCUGGACCCGGACACGGCCUACCCCAGCCUGAUCCUCUCCGAUAACCUGCGGCAAGUGCGGUACAGCUACCUGCAGCAGGACCUGCCCGACAACCCUGAGCGCUUCAGCCUCUUCCCCUGCGUCCUGGGCUCCCCGUGCUUCAUCGCCGGCAGGCACUACUGGGAGGUGGAGGUGGGGGACAAAGCCAAGUGGACCAUCGGCGUCUGCGAAGACUCGGUGUGCCGGAAGGGCGGCGUGACCUCGGCGCCCCAGAACGGAUUCUGGGCCGUGUCCCUGUGGUACGGGAAGGAGUACUGGGCGCUCACCUCCCCGAUGACUGCCCUCCCCCUGAGGACCCCCCUCCAGCGCGUGGGGAUUUUCUUGGACUAUGACGCUGGCGAGGUGUCCUUCUACAACGUGACCGAGCGGUGUCACACCUUCACGUUCUCUCACGCCACCUUCGUCGGGCCCGUGCGGCCCUACUUCAGCCUGAGCUACUCGGGGGGCAAGAGCGCGGCCCCGCUCAUCAUCUGCCCCAUGAGCGGCAUCGACGGGUUUUCCGGCCACGUUGGCGACCAUGCUCACUCCAUGGAGACCUCCCCCUGAGGGGCUGGUGGCCAUGACCCCGCCCCGGGCGGAAGGUGGGUGCUGCCUCCUGCUUCUGUCCGUCUCAGCUGGGCGCCCUUAGGCUCCCAGGUCCUGCCGUGGGACCGGGACGUCCCUCCUCCCCCUUCCCGUGCAGGUGGUGAGAUGUAUGACACGUGCCAGAGUGCCCAGAAAUACACACCAGCCGUCCACCGCCAGUGUUCGGACACUUGGUUCAGCCGGUCCUGAGGGGGGAGAGUGUGGAUGGCCCUUGGAGAGCCGGCCGGACACUUUGCUGGGGCUCUGCCUGGCCCCCUCGGCCUCAGCCCUGCGUCGUGGUCACGGAUACUGCUGUUUUCUGGGCCGAGGCUCCUAAGAGCCUGGAGAGGAGCCACAGGGCCCUGUCCGCAUGGCUCCCUCGACCGGGCUCUCCUUUGGGAAUUGUACCUCCGCCCCGUCACAUCCGCCAUAGGUUUGUUAACUCCAUUAAAGAGGCCUCUGUGUGUCUUGAUUAGUUACAGUUAUUUUACAGUCACGGUGGGAGAUGACUCCACGUCUGUUAUGAGAGAAUGUUCUAAUCAGUGUGCUCUUGCCUCUGUAUCUGUUCCGAGGGCUUUGUCUGCCCCCUCCGCUCUGACCAGGGCGCCCUGCCAGCACCAUCCACUGCCCCCCCCCACUCCCAUUUGUGGACUGAUGGUCAGUCAUACCCCAUCCCUGGAGUGAGUCUGAGGCACUAUUCCAGGGAUUCAUGGACCUUUUGCCUCCUUUCCUCCAUUUCCUUUGGGGAAUGACGUUUCUAAUAGGUAUUCCAUCGAGGGGCAGCUCCAUCCCGUGGCCAUCGGGUCGCGAGGCAUUCUGGAGCCGAAGGCUAAGCAGUCACUUCAAGCCCCCACUUUGGUUCUUCGCCCUCCUCCCUUUGGGUACAUGUCCCUCUGUUUGAAAAUAAAGUGACUAUGGAUGUUGUUUA